AAGGUCUAUCAUUUUGUUUACUGUCAGUACCAAUUACCUAGGUGAUAUAUAAAACUAUCCUGAUAAGAUACCGUACUGCGUAACUUUGUAAUGGAAUCGAUAAUAUCAUCAAUUACGUGUUUGGCACCGGCAAACAUAGGUACCGUAGGGUAUAAUAUCCAAUUUCUUUACCCUCCUUAGUAGUCUGCAGAACUGGUAAAUUUCUAUUGUUCAGUGAUGCUGAUGACUGAUGAACUUAAAGAAAUAGGUCAUUUCCUUUAAAAUUUUAUUGUCCUACAAACGGAAAAAAAUACGGCAUUGUCAAAAUGACAGUCUAAUAACCUCCUAAGUUGUAAUUAACGAAAAAAGAACGGAAAAAAAACCCAUAGGUACUUGCCUUGUAUUAAUGAAUGAUGGCACCUGAUGGCACUAUCAACAAAAUAAAACAUGACUAGCGAAAUAAACAAAUCGUCACAUUCUUUCAAUAACUUGAGGCUGUCCAGACAAGUGAAAAGAUCACCAACGGACAAACCUAAAACACUGGUGGCAUUGCCUGAUGAUAUUCCAGAGUCUACAUGGGUCGACAUUCUAAAUAGUGAGGAGACAGAGCUGAUGAUGCUCGGUAUAAGAGAAGACAUUAUAGACCAGGCGAUGGACGUGUGCUACGAGAGGUAUAUGGAGCAACAGAAGUUCGCGUUCACAGCGCACUGCGCCGCGGAGGCUUGGCUGCAGAUCAUAGAUUGGUACUACUUUCGUCACGACCCAGGAGAAGAGUCGUCGGCUUAUCCCCCCGCAGACAUCCCCAAUCGGGAGCUGUCCUGGAUCCCGGACGAUAUCCCUGAACCCUCGCCUAAAGACACCUGGUGCAGGCACGACCUGGAGGUCGGAGAAGCGCAGGAGGAGGCUUGUUACUGCUCCUGCUCCUCGUCGGAUAUGGUUGUAGGGAUACAGAAGGACGAGGAAGGAAGGAUCGGUGAGACCAAGGAGGAUGAGGAAUCUUGUGCAUGUGAUAGCAACAUAGCUGAAAGUAGCCCAUGUGAAUGCAGCUUAGAAAAGUCGAAGGAUGGUGAAGCAGAAGCCAGCUCGUCCAACAGCAACUAUCCCAACACAAGCGUUAGGAAAAUGGAUUCUUCACCUCACGGGCCGGUGAGCUCGGAGUGUGGCGGUGGAGACUCCAGCAGCGGCACCAAGCCUACGAGGACGAAGAACAUCUUCAGUCGAAGUACUUUGGGACGAUCGAAACAAACUCUACCACCCAUUUCAGCUGUGCGACCGACUCAGAUAAGUUCGAAAACGCGACGAAAGUAGAUUUGUAAGAUGAAGAAAGGAAAAAACUCCUGAAAUUUCUUCAGAGGUUCGGGACAUUUCACAGCACUGAAAUUAUAACUGCUCUUAUAUAAUUAUAAAAUGAGUUGUAAGAUUCGAAUCAAAUGUUGAUGUGAAAGGAAAGGAAAUUUUCAGUGCAAAUUGCAAUAUAUCAUUAGUCCAGUUUUUGGGAUAUU